AUGGAUUGCUAACUAUUUCUUCGACGAUGUCAACAUUAGAGGAAAAUCAUUGUCACAACCAAAUUUGAGCGGUGGAUUUGACCUUGUUGCUAUUCUGGAUCACGGAUCAUAUCGAGAACGCUUCAGUACAAGGAACCCUCACGAGUAUAUUACAGUUGAUGAUUUAAACCAUUACCGUAAAAGACAACUCUCGGACUGUUACGCAGCUGAUCAUCUUAAAAGCCACUUUUCAUUGUAUAAUCAAUCUGAGCCUUCUAUACCACACGUGUCAUUUGAAUCUGAGUACACAGAACAUUUUCAUGAAUACAACUAUGAGCAAAAGACACCUAUUAGUCGGCGACACACAACGCUCCGAAUAGAAUCGGGAAAUAUGGACAAAAAAUCAGAGAAUCACUCCAAUUUUGUAGCAUACACUAAGGAAUCUAUUGCCAAGUCUCGUCCACCCCUGGUAAAACAUGCGGAAAACCUAAAAACAUUCAAUGGGUCUAAGAGAUCACCAGAGUAUUCAGAAUAUCGUUCAUCAUUUCUUCCAUACAAAUUGACUGAUUUUCUAUACGAACCACGAAAACCAUCCAAAAUGAUUACUAGAAAAGAACAGAUAAAACCGAAUGAACUAAGUUGUUCGGAAUCAACGUUGCACAAUAAGAAGAAGGCUGAAAAAUCGAAUUUGAGGCUGACGGGUGACGCCAUACAUGAACCAGAAUAUAAAACAAGAUAUAUUCAAUUCCCCAUAGAAAAAUCACAGUCUACACCACAAUUAAAUAACAUAAACUUUACCGGAAAUUUCAGUGACAUGCCAUCCGAAUAUAAAGAAUGCUACAAAAGCUAUGAUCAUUUCACAAAAAGCGCUACAAUCAAGAAAUUGGAUAACUUAUGCUUGAGUGGAAUGCUGAGGCUAACACCGGAAUAUAAGGACCGGUAUCAAAACCCUUUGUUAAGCCGAUGUGACCGACCUUCGUAUUUGAAGCGUGAAGAUAAUCUUCAUUUGGAUGGGGAAUUCAUAAAUCGUAUGCCUGAAUACUGCAGUAGUUACCGUAACCCCAACAUAACUCAAAAACCUGAGAAAGCAAAACCCAAAGAUUCAAUACUGCAUCUCGAAGGAAGUAUGAACUACGAACCAAUAUAUAGAUGUUCCUACAUUGACUUUCCCAGAAGCCGGCCUCUUAUCAAUAAACCAGAAUGCAGCAUAAAAUUGGAAACCUCGGAUACAUUUGAAGGGAACAUUGGACCCCGUGCAUUAGGAUUCCGAAAACAUCGUAGCAGGAUACCGGUCCGAAAUCAGUAUCACGCUUUAACAGAUGAAGAGCUAGCAAAAUUCGCAGCACUGCCUGAAUACCGAAAAGCCAAAAAAGAACUUUCAAUAAAACCCCGACCGACGAGUAAAAGCACUUUAGCGCAAAAGAUUCUCAACGAAAAAAAUAAAGUAGGACUGCGACAAGAUGGCCAAAACGUAUCUACUACGAUAACCAAUGAAGACGGCAACGAGCAAUCUCCAAAAAAGACACCAAGUUUCAAAUUUAUGGUGGAAAACACUGACGACAAUCGAAAUAGGAAAAGUCAGCCUGAAAAACGUACUAAAUCUCCAAUACUUGCUAUUCAAAGAGAAAAUGGUCCAUUGGAAAUGUAUGAUAAACCACAGUUCCGUAGCUGCAAAAGCUAUUCCCAAAGGAAUCGGACCAAUAUUAUUGAGGCUAAUACGAAUUAUGCAAAAAAUUCAAGUGACCAAUAUCAGCAGCAUCACAUGUGUAGAACAAAAAAUGGAGCAUAUGACGAACAGAAUGUGGUACCGAAGUCGUUUGUCGUAUUAAAUGCGCCAGUUAAACAAAAAAACAAACACUGGUUGGGGCCGACGACAAUUUAUGAUUCACAUUUAUAUUAGGUUGACUAUCAACAAAUCGCGGAUAUAUUGAACCAGAAUCUGAACCAUCUGGUUUUUUUUUCCUCUGUUCAUGGCAUAAGAAGGUGUUAAAUACCUAUAGGCAAUAAGCAUGAAAUCUCGCAGCCACUAUUUGUAUAUUGCCCUAAUAAACAAAUAUAAACGAACUGUAUCCCGGAUGGGUAAACUAUCUCACAAAUGGUUUGGAUGAUACCCCGAACACGUCGUUAAGCUCUCUUGUAUGGUUAUUUUAUCAGGGUGAGUUUCGAAACUGGUAUGGCUGUGUGCGCUU